CAUGUCACAUAAAAUACUUUUAUGAACAUGAAAAUAAACACAAUAUGUCCUCUUUCAAAUUCGAACUUAUAAUUAAUAAUUAGAUGGAGGUAGAGCCCAAAUACAUGUUUUAACCUAGUCACAAAAUACACAAGAUAAACCAAACAAACAAAAACAAUCCAUAUUCAACCUGCCAUUUAACCAGAAUUAAAAAGUUCACUGAAAAAUACAGAGUUACUCACAAACCCUUAUUAAAUCAAGAGAACCAAAUCAUAAUCUUGUCUACACAUUGAGAUACGUAUAAAACACAGAUAUCCUUAUUACUUUCCAAAUAACUUAUUAUGUUGGUGACAUUAAACUAAUCUUCAUUCGAGAGUUCGGUUUUACGAGGAGCUCCUGAACGCCACACUGAUUGGAACAGGUGGCCACGGAGCCGCUCGCUAACGCAGCUCGUGGGUUGGGCUCAGAGACCAAACAUUUCAUUGAUUUCUGCAGUUUCUGGUAACUUCUAAUAACGAUAUAACAUUACUUUGUGUGGCUAAAGACGGGUAUUCAAUGUAAAUACGAUUGGAUAUAUCGUCAAAGGCUAAAGGCUAAUAACCAGUUAGCCUGUGGUAGUUUACCUUGUUUACCUUACCCUUCAUUCUGGUUCAUUUUUUUUACGAUUAAACAUCGGUUAAAUGCCAGAAAUGUAUAGAAGAUUCAACCCCCAAAGAUACUACAUGUUUUUUGUUGAUGCUAUAAAGUAGACAAAAUUGGUGAAAUCACAUUUUUGAUAGUUAAACUGUUCGAAAAGUGUAACAAUCUAUUUUUCCACCAUUGUUGUGUAAGCCUGUUGAUUUACCAACUUAGAUUGUUUUGUUUUGGACAAUUUCUAUAUGAUCAGUAUACAUUGACAUGCUCAGAAGUAAAUUACAAUAAAGUGUGUUUGACAAAAUCUCUAUCCAUGAAUCUCAGGGGUAUUUAAGUUGAUUUCAAGUUAAGUUAUUUUAGUAUUGCUGAAGAAAUAAACCUCUUAUUGUUCUUAAAAGCUGUAAUAGUAAAGUUAAAUGCUUCAGAAUUGAAAAACACUUCAUGCAUUAACCUACAUUUGGAAAUAUUUCAAUUGCUCUUGUAAAAACUAGCCAACCAUUUAACAAUACCGACAAUGACAUUAUUAAUAUCCUUCUGAGCUGUGUUUUUAAACUAAUAUGUAUUUUCUCCUUUAUUUUCCUCUGUUUUCAAGUGUUCAGCUUGAGAUGAAUGAAAUUGCAGAGGCCAGAUCUCUCCUUAAUUCCUGCUCCUCUCUGACAUCUCUCAGCUCCAAACAAACAUGGCUGCCAUCUGAAUCCCAUCUGCGGCUUUCCUGGAUGAACGACCGCCAAAUGGAGCAGGAUUCCCGGCACCAGUAUGUGGAGAUGCAGUCGAGUCCUGCGUCUCCUUUCUACGAGGAACUCUUCUGCACCUCCAGCUCUCUGGCCGGCGCCCUCCUGGCCUCCGCAGGGCCGCAGAGCGAUGUGGUGAAGAGAGGAUACCUGGGGAAGCUGGAGCGCAAACACAGGAGGUAUUUUGUCCUGAGAGCAGGAAGCCACAUCGGGCCGAGCCGCCUCGAGUGGUACCAGAGCCAGGAGAAGUUCACAGCAGUGGAGAAAACUGCUGGAAGUCUGUUCGGCUCUAGCAAACAAGGGGUGAUCUACCUGAGGUGCUGUGUCGGUGUGAGCCGCAGUGGCAGUUCCAGGAAAGGCCUCACGGUGGCGCUGUACGCCAAAAACCAAACCGUGGUGCUUGUGGUGGAGGAGCAGGGGGAGCAGGAGGAGUGGUACCUGGCCAUCAAGAAACUGAUGGAUGAAGAGCACGGGGCAGGCUUUGAUGAAGACGAUGAUGGGUACUGCACUCUGCCCCCUGCUGCUUUCUUCAAAGAGGUUUGGCCCGUCGCGGUGAAGCCCCGGGGUUUGGGUUGUACCAAGUCCCUGGCGGGGGAGAGUCGUCUCUGCCUCACAGCUUCGUCGCUCAUCCUGGCCAGAGCGGCUGCAGGCAGCGACUUGCCGUCUGUCACUAUUCCUCUGCUGAGUGUUCGCCGCUUUGGCCACUUGGACGGUUCCUUCUUCCUGGAGCUGGGCAGGUCGGCGCCCAACGGUCCUGGAGAGAUCUGGAUGGAAGCAAGAGAGCAAGGGAGCCCAGCAGUAGCCCAGCACAUCCACGAGGUGGUCCGAGAGACAGUCAGAGCGCUGCGAGCUCUGCCCGACUUCAGCCGCUCUCCCACCUCCAACCAUCAGCUUCAAACCCUUCUGGCUUCCAAAGGCUGCCGACCCAAGCACCGAGACAAGCCAGCGGGUGUGAGACCACUCGCUUCUCGUGCCAGAAACCCUGAAAGCCCGUGCAAAUGUCCCCCUGAGCCCCUCCAACCCCACGAAACAGACCCUCAUCAGAGCUCUGAGUCGAGGACUGGCGGCUACAUGGAGAUGAAGAUGGACCAACAUCUCCCGCUGAGCAAAGAGAGGGAGAGAGUCAGCCAAACGCCUCCUAUGUUGACAGAGGAGGAGGACUGGGAGUCGGGUCAGCAGGGGCUGGGGUACAUGGUGAUGUCUCCUCAGUUGAGCCACAGUUUGUCUGCGCUGCCUCAGGACGACUACGUGACGAUGGCGAGCCCACAGAAACACACAAGGCCAUCUUCCUCUUCAUCCUCCUCUCCUCUGCAGACAUCCUUCAACAGCUUUACCUCCGAGACCUCCUCUCCGCUGCAUCAUCAGACCCACUGGCUGCUGGCGACCUCCGUCCAACAGUCGGAAGCAGAAACCGGCCAAUCACAGAGGAGCAUCAGCCAUGCACAGGAUGAGGAAAUGGGGGAACAGUCGCAGCAGAUCCGCCUCCCAGCACACACCAGCACCAGGAGGGAUGAUGGCUGUGAUGUGACGACUCCAUUUGACUCGGGCGUAGCGAGUCCCAACUGUGGCAGACUCAAAGCUGCCACAGAACGAUCCGUCCGAAGAUACCGCCUGUCUUUGUGUCUGCCGUCCUGCAUGCAAGCUGAGGACAGAAACUGAGGACUACACAGAAAGAUAAAUAUUCUUUAUUCAUCAGGGAAACUCAGGAGUCUUAGCAGCAACAGAGAGAAAGGAACAAAGUAAUACUAAAUAAAUAACGAAAAAUGUAAGAAACAGUAUGAAUUAAAAUGUAAAGGUGUUUACAUCUAUGAAUAUGUUAAAUAUAUAUAUGUACUUUUGGAAGUUCAAGUCAUGAAUGCAUACAGAAAGGUCAACUUGCACACUUGAAUCAAGGCUUUAAACUCUGAAUAUGUGUUUGAGAAAAAUAAAGUUGUCUUGGUGACAGUUAUUGUCUGUUAUUUGCACUUAGUUUUGUCUUUACUUCCUAGUCUCUUUUGGUGUGGAUUAAGUCACGCCCUUUGGUUUCUACACAGGUUUAUUUAAAGUGUUUUAAAAAAAUAGUCACAAGAAUUAUUUUGUAUUUGUUUUGACAGCUUUCA